GCCGCUGCCGCUGCCGCGCGGGGCCGGGCGGGCGGUGCUGGCGGGGCGGGCGCUCCUCGCCGCCCUCCGGCCGUGCCCCCGCCGCGGCUGUGGGGAGGCGGCGGCGCUGCGGGCCAUGGGCUUCAGCCAGGAGCAGGCCCGGCGGCUCCAGGGGCUGCAGCCCCGGCUCGGCCCCGAGCGGCGGGAGGCGGUGGCGGCGCAGCUGCUGCUGCUGGGGCUGAGCGCCGAGGCCGCCCUGGCGCUGCUGGAGCAGAGCCCGGCGCUGCUGCGGCUGCCCACGGAGCAGCUGCGGGAGCGCGCCGAGGAGCUGCGGCGCCUGGGGCUGGACGGAGGUCGGGGCCCGGCCCGGCCCGCUGACCCUGUGCCUGCAGGUCGGCUGGAGCGGGCGCUGAGCCGCUGCCCCCAGCUCUUCGCCGUGCCCCGGAAGAGGCUGGCGGCGGCGGUGCGGCUGCUGCGGGAGCGCUGCCUCUUCACGGCGGAGCAGCUGCGGGAGGUGCUGGGCACCUGCCCCGCCGUCCUGCUGGAGGAGCCGUGCAGCCUCCACCACCACUUCCAGUACGCUUACUUCAGAAUGGGAGUCCGGCAGAAGGAGAUGGUGAAGGCUCGACUCUUCCAAAUGCCCUUUGCCGAGCUCCGAAACCGGCACAUCUUCCUGGAGCGCCGAGGGCUCUACGAGACCCCACACAAAGGGCAGAUACAAACCAAUAACCCAAAACUGAAGGACAUCCUUCAGCUCUCGGAGAAAGACUUUCUGGCCAGCCUGGCCUGCUCUACCCUGGAGGAGUAUGAGGUCUUCAAGAAGCUGCUGGCUCGGGAGGAGGCUGAAGAGGGGAAGGAGGAGGAAGUGGAUGCACUAUAUGCAGAGGAAGAUGAUGAUUUGGACAGUGAAAGAAGUAAAACAGCCCCGGAGUGAGGAGGUGAGGCUCUGAGGUGCCCGAGCCCUCCCAUGCUGGCGCACUCCCCCACCCCAUUGCGUACCCAUGGGUGCUCUGGGCUCCCACCCAGCAUCAGCAAGAGCAAUGGUGGCUGCAGGGCCCCAUGUGUGGGGCACCAAUAAAUCCAGUCUAUCAAAUACAA